AAGAAUACAUACAACAACAAAAGAAGCACACAUCUAAGAUACCAUCAAUAGUCCUUAGUAAUGGAGAAGAAGCAAAUUGCCAUAAUCGGAGCCGGUAUAGGUGGUCUCCUUGCCUGCAAAUACUGUCUCUCGAAAGGUUUCCACCCGAUAGUCUUCGAUUUCGGAUCCGAAAUCGGAGGCGUAUGGGCUAGAACCAUCAAAACCACCAGGCUCCAGAUACCCAAAGCCUUCUAUCAGUUUUCUGAUUUCCCUUGGCCAGCUUCUGUCACUGAUGAAUUCCCUACCCAACAAGAGAUGAUCAACUACAUUCGAUCAUACGCCAACCACUUCAAUCUUAUGCCUCACAUCAAGUUCCAUUCGUUAGUUAAGGGAAUCAGCUACGAUGGACCAUCAUCGGAUGCAUGGUCGGUUUGGAACGGUACUGGAGAGGCGUUUCCACCGGAAGGGAAAUGGAAUGUGACGGUGGAGGACACUAAGACGGCCACAACGAAGGUUUACACGGUGGAUUUUGUGAUUCUAUGUGUUGGAAGGUUUAAAGAUGUUCCAAACAUGCCCAAGUUCCCAGCUGGAAAAGGGCUGGAAGUGUUUAGAGGAAAGGCGAUUCACUCGCAGACGUUCGCGGAGAUGGAUCAUGACGCGGCUGCAGAGAUGGUGAAAGGGAAGAGGGUUGUUGUUGUCGGGUUUGGGAAAUCCGGACUCGAUAUUGCAAGAGAGUGUGCGGACAUCAAUGGUCCAGAAAAUCCAUGCACGAUAGUGUACCGACGCGAUCAUUGGAAGGUAUCGAACUGGUAUCCGAUGGGAAUCCCGUUUGUGAAUUUCAUCUUCAGUCGCUUCACGAUGCUUAUGGUUCAUAAGCCCGGCGAAGGUUUACUACUUAGUCUUCUCGCCACAUUGCUUUCACCUCUACGGUGGGUAGUCUGGAAAUUUGUGGAAAGCUACGCCAAAAUGACACUUCCACUCCAUAAGUUUGAUAUGGUGCCACAACAAGGCGUAUUAAAAGACAUGAACUCAGGUUUAAUUUGCUAUAUGCCUGACCCGGAUAAUUUCUUCGAUGCGGUUAAGAAAGGAAGCAUCAAGUUGCAAAAAACUCCAAGCUUUACAUUUUCCGAAAAAGGGAUCAGCCUCAAAGACGAUGACACGCAGAUAAAAGCAGACGUUGUUAUUUUUGCUACCGGAUUCAAUGGUGUAGAAAAGAUCAAAAAUAUUUUUGAAUCACCAACAUUUGGUCGUUACAUUGCAGACUCGCCACGAGUCGGUCUUUACAGUGGCAAGAUCAUAAUGUGGCGCAAGCUAUGUUUAUUCUAUUUAAAGUUAAGUUUUGAUGUGGCGCAAGCUAUGUUUCUCCAAAGGAAUGCAUUCACCCACGUAUACCGCAACUAGCCAUAAUUGGAUUCUCUGAUGCUGUUUCUAGCCUAUUUAUCUCUGAAACAAGGUGUAAGUGGCUCACAGCACUUCUAGAAGGCUCAUUUAAGUUACCUACUAUUAACGAGAUGCAGAUUGAUAUCACGAGAUGGGAUGAAUAUAUGAAGCAAUCAUCUGGGGAAGACCAUCAUAGAUCCUUUCUUGGUGCUAUGGAAAUUUGGUACAAUGAUCAACUAUGCAAAGAUAUGGGCGUGAAUCCUAUGAGAAAAAAAGGACUCUUGGCUAACCUAUUUGAAGCUCAUGGUCCCAUCGACUAUGCCCAGAUAUGAACCUAACAUCACCGAUGGUCCAUCCAUUAUAAGAAUAAAAAAGCAUGUUUAUGCCCAGAUACCCAACAUCACCGAUGAUCCAUCCAUUAUAAGAACAAAAAAAACAUGUUUAAGAGUUCAGCUUAAUUUAUAUGCAUGUGUACUUAAUAGCUAGCUUAUUACCAAGUGAUCAAUAUGUUGGUUUUAGGCAUCAGGUAUGCUUAUUCAGGUUUUGUAAUGUAUUUUACUUAAAUCACCAUAAUAAAACUAGGUUUAUACCUCGCGCGCGUUGCGGCGCGCUACGUAGCGUUGGUUCAAGAUCGCAUUCUUGGCUUUCUUCAUCUAAAGUGGAUCGAGCGAAACCAAAA